CACCUCGACAUCUAUUGACCUGCCUGCUCACACGACACACUUCACCUCACUUCUCUACGCCAUGCUCUAAUCAUUUUCCUUUCGUCCUCGUCCCUGGCGCGCUUUUCACCUUACUCUCGCUAGACAACCAAGAGUUGCAACGAUGCUCGACCCUCUUCCCCCUCCUCCGCCUUGGCUGGUAGCGCUCGUCAAGCCAGCCUGCGACGCCCUCUCUCUGCCCACGCUCGCGUACCAUAUCCACGAGGUCUUAUUCGCGUUUGUGCUGUAUCAGACAACUCAGAGUAUCAUCUCUCCUGUGUUGAGCAAUGUGUUGUUCCCGGACAUAUAUCCGAAACUCAAUAAGAGGACAAGAAUAAACUGGGAUGUGCAUGCUGUCAGUUUGGUGCAGAGCUGUUUGAUUAAUAGCCUCGCGCUAUGGGUCAUGUGGACGGACGAAGAGCGGUCUGCGAUGGGCUCUGAUCGCACAGGCAAGGGGAGUGUGGAGAGGAUAUACGGCUACACAGGCGCCAGUGGAUUGAUUCAGGCCUUUGCCACAGGAUACUUCGUCUGGGACAUCGUUGUGAGUACGCGGUACUUGAAGGUGUUUGGCAUCGGGAUCUGGUUGCAUGCUGUCACUGCCUUGAGUGUGUUUAGCUUUGGAUUCCGCCCGUUCUGCAACUACUAUGGCCCGGUGUUCAUCUUGUACGAACUGUCCAGCCCUUUCUUGAACGUCCACUGGUUUUGCGACAAACUCAACAUGACAGGCUCGAAAUUGCAAUGGUACAAUGGGAUGUUGCUGUUGGUCAUGUUUUUCUCCUGUCGUCUCGUGUGGGGCACAUACCAAUCGCUACGGGUGUAUCAGGACGUAUGGCACGCGAUGCACUUGGAUGCGAAGGGCCAACCACCGUUCAUUCGCGAGGUGCACGAGUCAAAUCUACCGGGUCAUUCGAUUUUCGUGCCGCGUGAUGGCCAGUUGUGUUUAGGCGACACGAGCUGUAUACGGGCACAGAGUGAGGUCAUGAAGUUCACGGGUCCGGAGACGCUGGCGGUGCCGAUUUGGCUAGCGGGCAUAUAUCUGGUGAGCAAUUUGGUACUGAAUAGCUUGAACUUUUACUGGUUUGCGAAGAUGAUUGAGACGGUGCGGAAGAGGUUUCAAGGGAAGCCACAUGAUGAAUUCGCCAACGAGAGGGAGAGACGGCCAAAGAGGACGCCGAGUAUGGUUGAGCAGAUGGCGAGCGAGCUGGAUAAAGAGACGUUGUCGGGACCCGAUUCCGAGGAAAAGAUCGAGGCGGUGGGAAGGAGUACGGCCGUGCCGGUGGAUGGGGAGCUGAAGAAGAGAUGAACGCAGUGGCCAAGAUGGCAGGGUAUGGACGAACUCUGAAGAGGAGGUGGAAUGAGACCUUGGUAGAGGCUGGCGCUGGGUCGUCAGGUUGGACAGGCUUUUGGGGAAUAGCUAUUUGUAUUGCUGGGGGCAUUCUGUUACUGGCAGAGCGUGUAUCCUUAGAAGCAGGGCUUUCGAUUCAGAGAGAAAAAGAAGAAGACAACACCGUUGACAUCGUUAUCAAGCACGACGAGUAUCAAUAAUUUGAGAGCAAGGC